UCUGAACAGGACCACGUUGCUUGCUUGUUGUUUCUCUCUCUCGGCUUUCAUUGGUGCUCUCGUGCCGAACAACCCAAACAGCAAGAUGGAUGCGAUGAAGAAAGGGUGGUUCUCUGAGCUGAGCCCGGAGAUGUGGCCUGGCCAGUGCAUGUCGCUGGAGUAUGAGAAAGUGCUGGAGGACAUCAAGUCGGAUUACCAGCACAUUGUCGUCUUCAAGAGCAAGACGUAUGGAAAUGUGCUCGUGCUGGACGGCGUGAUCCAAAUUACAGAACGGGACGAAUGCGGCUACCAGGAGAUGAUCACACACUUGCCCAUGUUCUGCCAUCCAAACCCCGAGCGCGUGCUCAUCAUCGGCGGCGGCGACGGCGGCGUGCUGCGCGAGGUCUUGCGCCACCCCUGCGUCAAGGAAGUCACCCAGUGCGAGAUUGACGGCAAGGUCAUCGAGCUGUCCAAGAAGCACUUGCCCGGCAUUGCCUCCUGCUUUGACGAUCCGCGCGCUAACGUCAUUGUCGGGGACGGCUUCAAGUUCAUGAAGGAGCACGAGGGCUCCUUCGACGUCAUCAUCACAGACUCCUCAGACCCAAUCGGCCCUGCGUCCUCGCUCUUUGAGAAGGAAUACUACCAUCUCAUGAAGACAGCCCUCCGCCCCGGCGGCAUUGUCUGCUCACAAGGGGAGUGUGUGUGGCUGCAUCUUGACUUGAUCAAGUCCAUGCAGGACUUCUGCAAGGAGCUGUACCCGACUGUUGGUUACGCGUACGCGACUGUGCCCACCUACCCAAGUGGACAGAUUGGCUUCACCCUCUGCAGCCUCGACGACUCGGCAGACCUUGCCCACCCAUGCCGCACACUCACGCAGGAGCAGGUGCAGGAGAUGGGUCUCCAGUACUACAACACAGACGUGCACACCGCAGCCUUUGUUCUUCCGCAGUUUGCACGCAAGAAGCUCGCCUCAGAUUAGGCAACGGCCGACACACACACACACACACACACACACACACACACACACACACACA